AUGCAUGAUGGCCAAGGCGAAUUCCGAGGGCUAAGAUCCCGAAGGCGAAACCGAUGGUUGGUAUACCUGGGCAUCUUUGGUGGAUGGCUGGUUACCUUUGCCAUUGUUGUCGCACUAUUUAUGUGUCUCGUUUUCUACUCAGAAGUGGUCCCCAUCAUGAGCCAAAUGACGAAGCGGGAAGUCAACGCCAUCAUCACCGGCCUCUCCAUCGCGCUCAGUGUUUCUGUGCUGAAGGGACUGAACGACUUUGUCUUCACACUUCGAUGGUGGAUAUUGAGCCGUCACUAUCACUCUUUGCGCAAGGUCGAUUUGAUCCUGCAAGCAGAGAGUGUCAGUUGCAUCAUUAGGCUCGCGGCACGGACGAGCCGCCUCAGCGUCCACGGCGCUGCCUUGGUUUGGCUAUGUCUAAUCCUGGCAGUCCAGAUCGCGCUGGCGUUACUUGGGCUAUGUUACUCCGUCGAACUACACGAUUCCCUAGCAAUGAUAAUAAAAGAGGGGAACGUAUCGAUUCCUUCCAUGUCUAGCAUACAAACAGUCAAGCUGGUACAAAGUGACACCGAUUCCCUCAAGUCUCAAGAGUACACUGCAAACAAGUUCGUUCUUUGCUUCUUCCCCCAAGCCCUUCCUUCAUUCUCUCGCAAGCUAGCGCUAACGAACUCCAGCUUCGGCCAAAUUUCUCUAGCCUUCGACACCAAGCCCAUUGGAAUAAUCCCGGCCGUUGGAUCGAUAUGGACCGCCGCCGAACCUCUCAUGUUUUGCGACGACAAGCACUGCGCCUACGUUUUCCACGAGACAUCAGCCGUGUCGACAGAAGAUAACAGCAACGACGGCGACGAUGACAUCAGUCAGAUGAGAAACCUGAUCGUUACCACCGACCGCACCAUCAACUCUACGGCAGUGUGUUACAGCUGGCCCGUAAUAAGCGGCGGGAACGGGACGGAGACCAGCAUCAGGAUCGACGCCAAGGGAGAUGGGACUGCGGAGGAGGUCUUCAUCCCUAUCCGAGGGGGCGUCAACCAGACGACGUACAUGACCAACACCACUGAAAGCUGCGGGGCCGGCUGCAGGACUGUGGCUGCCUUCGAGGCCGCGGAGGACAAGUCGUGGUACUACCGCUGCAACGUGACGGUCAGCCAGGUCGGAAACGCUGCCAGGCCGGAGCACGAGGUCUCGGAAGGUCUGCGGUCCAUGGCCGCCGCCGCCAUCUCGCUGCAGGGAAUCGAGGUCUCGUCUUUCGACACGGACGACGUCCAGUACCAGGUGUACCCGGCCGAGUCCUUCUUUGGGCUGCCGAAACUGGGAUUCAACGAUUCGAUGGCGGCGACCAUGGCACGAUUCGCCAUAGGGACGGUGGCCAUCUGUGCGCAGUUCAACGAGGCAUUGGUGGUCGACGGUUUCGCCCCCGUCAAGGGCUCCCACCUGGUUGUUGACCACUGGGACUAUGCGAGCUUGAUCCUGAGCUCGGUGACUCUGGGGCAGCUCGUGUUGGGGAUCGCGACUGCAAUCCUCGCCAGCCUGGUCGUGGUACCGGAGGGGGGCCCGAUCGCCAUGUCGCGAGUGUUGUCGCCAAUCACCAGGAAACUACAGAACAGCGGGAAAGGCGACUUGUUGCUUGCGUCGGAGGGGCAGGGCAGCCUUUGGAUCUACAAGGCUGUGAAGACGGCAGAAGAGGGCAUCUACGACCUGUUCAUGGAGGAGAAGAUCCGCCCGGAAAACAGAACGGAGGAUAUAGAAAUGUUUUAG